AUUAUGAAUUGAAAUGUUUGAACAAAAUAUAUAGCCGUUUUAUAAAGUCUACUUUAAUGACAUACAUUUAUUUGCACCAUCUUUUUGACUGUAGAGGCCGUUAAAAUGCAACAGUAACAGCAGACUACACAGUAUUAUUUCUGCUUCUGCUUGUAUACUGUACACAACGCCUUGUUGGACUAUCUCGGUACAGUAUUGAAAGCAGCAACGCCCUCACAGCUGAUAAGAUUGCAAUGGUUGGUAUGCAAUCUACCGAGCUAUUCACGUCAGCUGAUUGGGCCUUACAGAGUACAUUGUACGUGUUUAUUAACGCGCGCUUUCAAUAUGCAAAUAUAUUUGAUCCACGGUCAGUUUGCAGAGGAUUGCGCUUGCUUCCACUUCGCUGUCCAAAAUCGUAGGCAUACUCCAAUAGCAUGGAUUCGGUGGUAGUAUUUGUAGCAGUUUGGUGGAUUGCUAACAUGGUUGCCACCAUAGCAUCAAAGAAAGCACUCAGUGGCAUCGAACCUGACGCCAUCAACAGUCUGACUUCCUGGACACCGGCCUUAAAGGAUCUCAGGUGGAUUGAAUUGACGAUGCUACAGCACCUCAUGGGGGUGCUGUUAGCCAACACGUGGCUCUUGGUGGUCCGUGGCAAGUCUGCCUUCCCCGUCUCUUCCAUCAACCCCAAACACAUGCUACUUGCAGUUAUUGGCAACGUAGUCGGGAAUCUGGCCACUAAUGCGUCUUUUGCUGCAGUCAGUUCGAGCUUGACUCAAGUCAUCAAAUCCUGUGAACCAAUCUUCACCUUUGUUUUCACACUGCUGUUUUACAAAAACAGUGUCAACUUGACCCGCCAUGUGCUGUUCUCAAUCAUCGCCAUGGUGGUGGGCACAUGUCUGUUUAUCUCAGGCGAGGUCUCCUACAAUAUCUGGGGAAUUGGUGCUGCAGUUAUCUCCAACAUCGCAUUCCCGAUACGCAACAUCUACCUGAAAAUGCUGGGCGAGUCUUGGGAGGGUCCUCUUCAGAAAUAUGCAGCAAUUUCCAACUUCAGCGUCUUGAUUCUGCUUCCAUUUGCAAUGAUGAGCAUGAGCAGCUUAGGUAAACUACCUCAAGUGGAGAGUUGCACCUCUGCCACCUUCCACUUCAUCUACAACGCCGCCUCUAUAACGGUGCUCCAAGCAUACAGUCCCGUGGUACAUGCUUUGUUGAACCUCAUGAAGAGAAUGUUUGUUAUUCUGGCAAAUAUGUUUGUCUUCUCAACACCGUUUACAUUCUGGACAGUCACUGGUCUUUUGGUAAUUUUAAUUGGACAUUACAUUUAUCAAGGAGGCCGGAUUCCCAUGAAGAUGAUUAAAAUGAGGCAAUAUUUCUCUCUUACCAUCCUCGUCUUUGGUGUAACCUCGUUUUGUUGGUUCCUGGGAUUCUUUCAACCAGUUGCACUCGUGAGCCACUUACACAUGCGACAUGCCCAAGGCACAGCAAAACACUUUGUCACUACAGCUUGGGUGUAUGAAAGACCAAUUCCGUACAAUAUUGUAGACAAUAUUGACGCAUUUUCGCGUACGAAUCCCGGUGCGACUGUUCAGGUAUUCUGCGGUAGCUCCCAGUGCCUGAAGGCAGUGCAAGACUUGGACAACACAGGGGUUACAGGGAAGUUUCUAGUGUUACCAGAGAUCUUUAAGAAGACUUCUCUGGAACGUUGGUUAGUCCGACAUCCAAUCCACAAGAUACUGACAGGUGUUGACUUUGAAGAUCACGUGUACGAGGCGGUGAGGUUAGCUCUGCUAUGGCAUCAUGGUGGCAUUCAUUUCGAUCCCUUGAUCAAGCUAAGCGAGUUUACUGCCCCAGCGGAUCAAGAGGCUUGGGUCAGUAUUGAGACAAACCUCACAAAAACUAUAACACACGGGAUUCUUAGUGUAUCUCAGUUUCCAGCUCACAGUGGUUUCAUAGCAAAUCUUACCAAGGCGUUUUGCCGCCACUACACUCGGAAUAUUACCAACGCAAAGCCAGGCUCGUUGCAGAAGUUUGAUUUUCAGGCAGUGGUGAGUGAUAUGUACAGCCAAUCCUGCAUGUCUGGAGUCCCUAAUUGUCCUACAGGCCUAGCAAACGACCUCGAGAGAAUUUCUGUAGUUGACGCAAGAAGACGCCAUUUUGGAACACUUACAUACGCACGGCGAGUGAGUGGAUCGGAGACGGCAAACCUAGGCGACCAGAUACAAGGCUUCCCGGGGAUACAGUUCUUACCUUUUGUUGACCGUUUUGUUGACAGAGAUAACUUUGAUGAAUCAAGAAAGGAUAAUCACACCCGUAUGUUUCUAAACGCGUGGUACGGGUAUCAUAUGAUGACUUGGCCGCCACCGCCAAACAUCGAGCCCAUCCUGCUGUCUUUGCAUAUUCACCGUAUUGUAAAGCCGUUAUUCACGACACAAGCCAAAUACCUUCAAGCUAGAGCACCAAUAGGAUGUAGGGAUACUAGCACAUUGGAGUUCCUGAGGCAAAUCAACGUUGAUGCCUUCUUUUCUGGCUGUCUCACACUCCUCAUCAAAACUCCAAAUGUCCAGAAGAGGCAUUCAGGCGAAAUAUUUCUGGUCGACGUUAAGAAAGAUUUCGUUGCCCUCCUUCCUUCGGAUAUUCAAAAGAGAGCAAUUCGCAUCACCCAUCGCGGUAUUGGUCACGGCAAGUCUACCAUCAAGGAACGGUUUAAAGCGGCAUACAACUUGAUAGACAGAUACUCUCGGGCACAUGUUGUUAUUACACAGCGUGUCCACUGCGCACUUCCCUGUGUUGCCAUGGGAACACCGGUUAUUUUCCUCAAUUCCGAUCACAUGCCUGGGGGCAAUGCAGCACGCGCCAUCGUUUCUCCCCGUGUCACGGGACUUACGCCUCUCUUCCACACCAUAGAUGCCUACAACAUGUCAGAAAAAUCGAUUGAACAGUGGCUACGUGAUUUUAACUGGACGAAGCCCCCGCUAAACCCUGACGUCAGCUUGCGCAUGCGCCUUCGAGCCACAGACUGGAAUGUGAUUCGACAGGAUCAAGUUAUGUACGAUGGCGCUCGUAAAUUUGGCCUGUUACCCCUCUCUGUUCCCGGUGAAGACAUGGCAGCUCAAUUGGUGUUACAUUUGAUUAUAAACAGUACCAGCAACCACACAAGCCUCAACUGGCCAAAAUGGCGGACGAUUGAAUCGAUAUUUUAUCAUUAUCCUCACGCCAGGGUUAUCAUUCAUAGUGAUAGCUUACAGCCAGGUCAAUUUGAUGUACUAACAGAGGCUGGUUACACUAUUGAAGUACAGACACUUAGGACAAGCAUCGAUACUGCCCUGUUCAAAAAUAAAACGGAUGUACAGAAUCUACAGAGAUAUGGAUCCGGGUUAAACAAAGACGUUUUUGCAAAAUUGGCCGUACUUUUCAACUGGGGUGGGGUAUACAUUGACGCAGAUGUUAUCCUCUUACGAAAACUUAAUAACUGGAUGACAAAUGCUCUAGUUUGGGGAAGUGAGGAGCAGAAUGCGUUCGAUCUUUCUUUUAUGAAGUUUGAGAGAGGUCAUCCGUUCUUAGAGAAUGCACUCCUGAAAAGUUUAGAAUGGCAAGCAUCCCCACCAGAUGAGCAUGGUUCCGCAUUUCGUGCAUUUUUGUUUCAAACCUGGUCUGACUACUUUAAACGUAGUGUAAAAGUGUUGAGGCAUAAAGCUACCUUUAAGCAGUUUAAUGCCCAAAACGCAGAGGAGUGUUUAAAGAGCUCAUCCGAACCUGUUUUUGAAUCCAAUAUGAAACGAGUUCAACGGGGAGUGUAUUUCGCAAAGGUUACGGGGUUAACCAACCUUGGCAAACUUCGGAAUGGAACUAUUUGCAAGUAUUUGUUCAACUCGUUUUGUGUUCUGUGUAAUAAUGUGUACUAACGGAUGUCAAGACAAUCUAGAAUGUGCAGUGAAAUGAAGUUACGUUCACUUUAUGUGAACACCAAGAAAACUAAACGUUUGAUCGGUCUAGAAACGGACUUUUUGCUUUUUACCUAAAAUCUAUAAAAUUAGCCAUUGGGCGUAUUAUUUCUUUUGGAUGAAGAAAAAAAAAACAAUACAAAUAAUUUAUUUUUAAGCCUAGAAAACAGAAUUCUUUAUCAGUGUGCUUUGCUUCGCAUAUAAUUUAACAGGUGUUUUUGAAAAAAAUCUGCUGUUAUUUUCUAGACUAGGCUUAAAGGUUAUGUAUGCGCGUCGUACAUCAAGAAAAAAAUAUGGUUUAUAUUUGCGGAUUGUACAGUGUUAAAAAUAUGAGUUGAAAUUCCAGAAAGUGAAAGAUGAUUAAAAAGAGUUGCAAUGGAACUUGUCGUAGGUCAACAAUUAAACAACUUUUUGUUUUAUUAAGAAGAACAAAAAUUUGAAGUUUAUAGUUUAGGUCAAUUUAAGCUAGAACAGAAUCGGAAAUAUAUUUUUCUUUAUAUAAAAUUUCAACUUUGUCUUAUUUAUCAUUAGUUUUAUAUUUUAUAUGUUAUAUUCAUUUUUAUAAUGUUUAAUUGUGUUAAUUAAAAACGAAUGGAGCAAUGAUAUGAAUUAAAGAUUGCUGCAAAGGUAGCAGUAGGCUAUCAGCUUUGGUCCAAAAAUUGGGCCACCGGUAUCAAAUGAUCGGAAGGAGCAAUGUUCAUAGCAAUUUUUGGCAAGGUAGGCACAUCUAGAGUUGGAAAAUGUGUGAUAGCUUUGCAGUGUGAGCGGUGGCAGUUUUUGUGGGUGUUAUCACCUUUAAUACAAUUUUGGCCACUAAUAUGCUUUUUACCGGAUUAAUUAUAUGUGGUAACAAGCAUGUUUUGGCCGCCAUUUUUUUUUUAAGUGAUCGUACCCAAAAAGCUGUCGUUGGAAUGCUAGCGCAUAGUUUCCAACUACAUGGGAGUAUACCUUGCCAAAAAUCACAGUGAGCAUUAUUCCCCUCAUUUGAUACUGACCAAACCCCCAGGUUGAUGGCCUACACUAAGUACAGUGUUUUUUUGCCACAAUGUGCCAUCCAGACACCGCUGCAAUGCAGCUUCUCCAAUAGGCCGAGUGUGGAUUGAUGGCCGGAAAGUUAAACCAUUUCUUCGUUGAACAAAACAUGUAAAUGAUGAUCAAUUAUCUCACAAAAGUCUCAUAGACCUUUAAAAUUGAGCGCCAUUUUGUAAAUUAACCAGUGGUUGGCAACAAAAUUUAAAAAUCAUCAUUGGCGCCUUCUUUUAGUAAGAAAGAGGCAAAUUUAUUGUCAUUGGUAGGGUUUCUUGGUGAUUUUGGAUUUUCAACAAUCCGAUUCUGUAAAUGCAACAUUGACCCUCCAUAGUUUGCCAACCCAUUGUUGGCAAAAAAUGUCCAACCAAAGAAAGUCUUUACAUUCUAGGAUGGGCAUGGUUUGAAAGGUAAAAAACAAAAGGAAAAAAGAUGCACACUAUAAACAACUAAGAAACAUGGCAGCUUUUUUUCUUUCUUUUUUAGUUCUUUAGUAAUAAAAUUUCAUUUGUUAAUUCAGAUAAACUGUGAAAUGCUAAAAGAAAAGAAUGGUCGAAAUCUUUGAACAAAAACCUGUUAUUAGCCUUUAAUACUUUAGCCGAGUAAUAUUGGAGUAAUGGCCAUGAAUUUUGCUAUUGAUUUGUAAUUAUUUGAGUUUCUUCCAGUAAGUUGUGAUUGUAAUAAGAUUGUCUAUGAUUGCAAUUGACUUGUACAUGACUUGUAUGCAAACUUUCAGCAAAAUAUGCAGAAGUGUUAAUUUAAUUUUCGCAUAGUAAUAGGCCUAUGCGUACCGCGAAAUGAUUGGUUCAGUUUGAUAAUCUUGGAGACAACAUAUUUUAGAUUACAACAAUUUAUUUAAAUGAAGAAUUGUAUCAGCUGUA